AUGUCGUAUAACGGAAUUGGUCUAAAAUCUGCUAAAGGCUCAAGUACAUCAGGCCAUGUACAGAAAUCAUUAGUGAAAACAAACGAUUCACUUAAGAACAAAAAUUAUUUAAAAAGAAAAAAAAGGUUAGGCAAAACUAAGGAAAAUUUGAAUAUUGAUAUUCAAGAUAUUGAGCAUAGCAAAACAAAUAAGCUACAACUUAUAGAAACGUUAAUGAUAGAGAAACCUGGCAAUAACAAGAGCAAUAAGGACAUUUCUAAUGAUACUAUUAUACAGGCAGAACAUGAUAGAAAUAUAUCUGCUAAUAAUAAUACAAAAAUACUUUCUGAUCAUGAAAAAAGGACGAUUGAAUUAAAAGUACAAGAAUAUAUUGAUAUAUUAGAGGAUAAAUAUGAAGAUGAUGAUACAAUUUCCCGAAAAGCUGACGAAUAUAGACAAAAUUUGAUACAAGAAAGUAAAAAAAAAACUAUUAUUUAUAAAACUAGAAAAGAAAGAUCACAGUAA